ACCGAUAAUAAUUAACUGUAAACAAUGAUUUAGAAAUAUAUUCUUUAAAGUCGUGUACUUAUUUCGGGUUAAUUAUUUUUUAUGCCCCUUUCAGGGUAAUGAAUUAAUUGAAUUGUGGUUAUCAGUUACAUAGGCGUGUUAUGCAAAAGUUUUUAAAGGAUGUGAUGACCUUUGAACUCAUUAAAUACGUAUCUGUAUAUCGUUGAUUAGAUUUUUUAUAUUACGUUAGUGGUUGUUAUUUAAAUAAUUCUACCAGAAACGUUUUUUCAGUUUCACUAUCAAAUAUAAUUUAAGAAAUAAUUAAUAUUCGUUAAUAGGAACUUAAUUAGUUGUUUUUAACGACAGGAAAUAUCCCAAAAAACUAGUAGGCACAAUUUUUUUGUCUUAGUUAACGCAUCUACUGGACUAACAACACCAUUUCACUGCAUGAUCUGCUAGGUCAUGGUCAAAGCAGCAUUAAUUGAUACUAUUCAAAAGUUUGAACUCAGUUAACAGUUUUACAAGCCUCAUGCAUGUACACAAAUAAUAAAUUUUCCCUAUUAAAAAAACCUGAUUAGAUUCGUUAAGAAUAAUAUUAAGUGUGCUAGAAAAAAGAAUCAAUUAAUAAAAGUACCGAUGGCACCGCACAGUUGUAAGGGUUGUUUGAGAGGUGUAAUCGCAGCAAGGAUGUCCAAGAAAGAUUCAGAACCCCCCGUGGACGUCAAUGGGGUGAACGAAGAGCACACCAUCCACAAUGCUAUGCCGUGGUUCGGUAUGGAUAUAGGGGGUUCUCUGUGUAAACUGGUAUAUUUCGAACCCAAAGAAUUACCAAAAGGUGAAUCCGCCUCCCAAAUUGAAACUUUGAUGAAUAUAAGAAGAUAUCUUACGAAAAAUUCGGCCUACGGAAGAACUGGCCAUCGAGAUACACAUCUACAAAUGGACAAUGUAAAAAUAAGGGGUAUAGUAGGGACCUUACAUUUCAUUAGAUUCCCGACUAGCGCGAUGAAAACAUUCCUAAGUUUAGCAAAAUAUAAAGGUAUGGCGAAAUUAGUGACGACGGUAUCGGCUACAGGAGGAGGGGCUUUCAAAUUCGAAGAGGAUUUCAAACGGGAAGUAAACUUAAAACUAGCCAAAUUCGAUGAAUUCGCGUCGUUAUUGGCAGGUUUGCAUUAUAUCGAUAGGAGCAAUCCUUCGGAAUGUUAUUAUUGGGCCAAUCCGACCGAAGAGGAUAGAUGUAGCAAAGUGAAUUAUGAUUUUUCCCGGCCCUAUCCCUUCCUCAUAGUCAACAUAGGUUCGGGAGUUAGUAUUUUGGCGGUUUAUUCGGAAAAUGAUUAUAAAAGGAUAUCGGGUACUAGUAUAGGUGGCGGUACAUUCCUCGGACUUUGUUGUCUUCUAACCGGAUGUAACUCGUUCGAAGAAGCCAUAAGUUUGGCAGCCGAAGGCGACAACCGAAACGUCGAUAAAUUAGUUAGAGAUAUAUACGGGGGCGAUUACGAAAGAUUUGGUCUUCCGGGAGAUUUAGUGGCCAGCAGCUUUGGACAAAUGAAUUCGAGAGAAAGACGCACCAAUGUCAGUAAACAAGAUCUGGCUAGAGCCACUUUGGUCACCAUCACCAACAAUAUCGGUUCGAUCGCCAGGAUGUGCGCCAUACAGGAAAAAAUCGAUAGGGUGGUAUUUAUCGGAAAUUUCUUGAGGGUGAAUCCUAUAGCUAUGAAAUUAUUGGCGUACGCAAUGGAUUAUUGGUCGAAGAGCACAAUGAAGGCCCUAUUUUUAGAACACGAAGGUUAUUUCGGAGCUGUGGGAAGUCUGGUACAAUUCCACGACGAAAUCAAAAGUUAAAAAUUAAAAAAAAAAACAAAUUUCCUUAGUUCACGUGUAUAUAUCGAAAAAAAAAAAAAUUAAAAUUAUUCUCGUGAAAAUGUAUCUUUUGAAUUAAAAGACAGGUCGAGGGGAAACAUUGAUUGUUGCUGCAUUUUUUACAGUGUAUACAGAUAUUUAUUUCCCAUUUUAAAUUAAUUAUCCUCAAUGAAAAAAAAAUCGUACGCCUAAGUAUUCGUAGUAUCGACUCAAUUUUUUCCAAUACCCCCACAAUCAGUAUUUCCGGAUAUUCAAUAAAGUUUUGUGAAGGGUACAAAGCGUGUACUUAAUUUAAAUAUUAAUAUAUCCCUCAAUUUUUGGAUAAAAAACAUUCCUGAAUGUAAAAAAUAUUCAAAACUACUCGUAUUCGUGAUCAAAAUUUGGUUUAAACACGAGAAAUGACAGUUUUUUGACAAUAUAGGGGGUGAUAAAGCAGUGGGGCAUUCAACAGAACCUCUGAAGUUGGUGUUUUAUAAGAUAUCGAAUAAAAUCUCGAUAUACAACUCGCAGCUUCCAUAUUGUACUAUAUUUAACAUAAUUUUCAUAUUUUUUACAUUUAUUUACAGUUUUUUUACUUAUGUAGUAAAAAGGCUCAGAAUUAUCAGAUUUUGCUAUAUAAAAUCUGCAUUUCGAAAUAAUUUAACGUCUUCAACAUAUGAGAUAGUAUCAGAUCGAAAUAAAUAAUUUGUUGAAAUAUUAGCACAAUUAUUUAUAAAAACUGUUCCAUGUCCUUUCAAAGGAUAAAAAAAUAAUUUUUUUUAUAUGCACAGUACUAUUAAAGUACCAACUUUUUUGAUAUUUUAGGUUAUUUAUCAGUUUUUAUUUAUUAUAUAAAAAAUAUUUGUAUUUUACUGUCCUAUUUAUACUGUUUUAUACAAAUAGGAAAAAAUAGUUUUAAUAAAUGUUUGUUAUGAUAUAAAA